CUCGCCUGAAGGAGGAGGGCGGGCAGGAGAGAGGAAGGUUGUUGCAGCAUCGAGGGCUCUAGGAUCUCCCCUGCAUACACGCCACGCACACGCGCACACACAUCACCACACGUGUCAUCCAGACCAAGGGUCCCCGUCCCUAUUCCUCAAUAAAGAUAACUCCCACCCCGAGGCACACGAUGGGAACUCUCACGGAGCUGGUUUUCAUCUCGUUAGCCAUCCUCACCUUUACGGGGCGGUGCCCGGUACACGGUACCAUAAGGAACUAUGGGCCAAUCUUUGAAGAUCAACCAGUCAACACCCUCUUUCCUGAAGGCUCAACAGAAGAGAAGAUAACUUUGGCUUGUCAAGCAAGAGCCAGCCCUCCUGCAACUUACAGGUGGAAGAUGAAUGGCACAGAAAUGAAGAUGGAGCCGGAUACCCGUUACAGGCUGGUUGGGGGCAACUUGGAGAUAAGGAACCCAGUCAAAGCCAAGGAUGCUGGGUCUUACCAGUGCCUGGCAUCUAACCCCCUGGGCACGGUCGUGAGCCGAGACGCCUACGUCCGCUUUGGCUUUUUGCAGGAAUUCUCCACAGAAGAACGAGACCCCGUGAAGAUUACAGAGGGCUGGGGGUCGAUGUUCACCUGCAGCCCCCCUCCACAUUACCCAGGCCUGUCCUAUCGAUGGCUCCUGAAUGAGUUUCCCAACUUCAUCCCAGCAGAUGGAAGGCGCUUUGUCUCCCAGAUGACAGGAAACCUUUACAUUGCCAAGACAGAGGCGUCGGACCUGGGCAACUACUCCUGCUUUGUCACAAGCCAUAUCGACUUCAUCACGAAGAGUGUCUUCAGCAAGUUUGCCGGACUCACCCUUAUUGCGGAGGAUGCCAGACAGUAUGCACCCAGCAUUAAAGCCAAGUUUCCUGCCGACACCUAUGCCCUGGCUGGGCAGCUGGUGACUCUGGAGUGUUUCGCAUUUGGAAACCCCGUCCCCCGGAUAAAGUGGCGAAAGGUGGACAGUUCGCAGCCCUCCAAGUGGAUCUCCAAUGAGCCCCUCCUGCAGAUCCAAAACGUUGACUUUGAAGAUGAAGGCACUUAUGAGUGUGAGGCUGAAAAUGCUAAGGGAAGAGACACCUACCAGGGCCGCAUUAUUAUUCAGGCUCAGCCGGAGUGGCUGAAGGUGAUCACAGACACGGAAGCAGAUAUUGGCUCUGACUUACGCUGGAGCUGUGCAGCGGCUGGCAAGCCACGGCCCCUGAUCAGAUGGCUCCGGAAUGGGCAGCCGUUAACCUCUCAGAACCGCAUCGAAGUGAGCAGCGGAGAGCUGAGACUUUCCAAGCUAGCCCUGGAAGACUCUGGCAUGUAUCAGUGUGUAGCUGAGAACAAACACGGCACAGUGUAUGCAAGUGCUGAAUUAACCGUACAAGCCUUAGCGCCAGAUUUUCGGCUAAACCCCGUGAAGCGGUUGAUACCAGCAGCCCGAGGUGGGGAGGUCAUCAUCCCGUGCCAGCCAAGAGCAGCACCAAAGUCCAUUGUGCUCUGGACCAAAGGAACUGAACUCCUGAUCAACAGUAGCAGGGUGACUAUUACCCCAGACGGCACCUUGAUCCUCCGGAAUAUCAGCAAAUCCGAUGAGGGGAAGUAUACCUGCUUUGCUGAGAAUUUCAUGGGAAAAGCCAACAGCACAGGAAUCCUCUCAGUUCGAGAUGCCACCAAAAUCACCCUGGCACCAUCUAGUGCGGACAUCAACUUAGGCGAAAACAUUACCCUGCAGUGCCAUGCCUCCCAUGACCCAACUAUGGACCUAACCUUCACCUGGUCCCUCGAGGACUUCCCCAUUGACUUUGACAGGUCUGAAGGGCACUACAGGAGAGCUAGCAGGAAAGAGGCUAUUGGGGACCUCGCCAUCCUGAAUACUCAGCUGAGGCACUCCGGGCGGUACACAUGCACGGCCCAGACAGUUGUGGACAGCGCAUCUGAGUCGGCCAUGCUGGUUGUAAGAGGACCUCCGGGGCCCCCUGGGGGCGUGGUGGUGGUGGACAUCAGCGACACAGCCAUCCAGCUGAGCUGGAGCCGUGGCUUCGAUAACCACAGUCCUAUUGCCAAAUACACCAUCCAAGCCCGCACCCUACUCUCCAGCAAAUGGAAGCAAGUGCGCACCAAUCCUGCAAAUAUAGAGGGCAACGCGGAGACGGCCCAGGUGGUGAACCUCAUCCCCUGGAUGGACUACGAAUUCCGGGUCCUAGCCAGCAACAUCCUUGGAGCUGGGGAUCCUAGUGGGCCCUCCAGCAAAAUCCGCACCAAAGAAGCUGCCCCUACUGUGGCACCAUCUGGGCUCAGUGGAGGAGGAGGGGCCCCCGGUGAGCUCAUCAUCAACUGGACGCCCAUGCUGCGGGAGUACCAGAACGGGGAUGGCUUUGGAUACAUCCUGUCAUUCCGCAAACAAGGCACCCAGGCGUGGAAGACCGCACAGGUGCCCCACCCAGAAUCCCUGCACUACGUUUACCGCAACGAGAGCAUCGGGCCCUACACCCCAUUUGAAGUGAAAAUCAAAGCAUACAACAGGAAGGGGGAGGGACCGGAGAGCUUGACUGCCAUCGUGUACUCUGCAGAGGAAGAACCAAAAGUGGCUCCCUCCAGGGUUACAGCCAAGGCCGUUUUGUCCUCGGAAAUGGACGUGUCGUGGGAGCCGGUUGAGCAGGGAGACACAAAUGGAGUCCUUCUGGGCUACGAGAUCCGGUACUGGAAGGAUGGCGAUAAAGAGGCAGCAGCAGACAGAGUGAGGACAGCAGGUCUUGUCACCUCAGCUCACGUGACAGGCCUGAACCCCAACACAAAGUACCACGUGACAGUCAGAGCUUACAACCGGGCUGGAACGGGGCCAGCCAGUCCCUCUACCAACAUCACAACAACAAAGCCACCCCCAAGGAGGCCACCUGGUAACAUCUCCUGGACAUUUUCUGGCUCCAGUGUCAGCGUCAAGUGGGACCCUGUGGUUGCAAAGGCGAACGAGUCCACUGUCACAGGGUACAAGAUGCUCUACCGGCAGGAUUCGCACUCCACUCCCACGCUGUACCUGGCCAGCAAGAACCGGAUUGAGAUCCCAGUGCCUGAAGACUCCACUCAUGCUCUGGUGCAGAUUAGGGCAACAGGGCCAGGAGGAGACGGAGUCCCAGCAGAGGUUCACAUCCUCAGAAAUGGCGGCACAAGUAUGAUGGUGGAAAAUUCUGCAGCCAAUCCAGCACCACAUACUGUCAUUAUUAUGACUAACUCUCUAGUGAUGUUGGCUCUGAUUGGCUACUUGGAGCUCUGAUGCUGGCCAAUCCAAUUGAGGAUCAUUGGACACAAUUCCUCCUAAGCCUGCGUGGAACUAUUCGACAUUUGGCCAUUGCAACUACAAGUUUGAGCCACAACAGCGCUACAAAAAAGGGGUUUGUCAAAAUCAACGUAAAAGGGGGGGAAAAAAACAAAAGAAACACCCAUUUUUUUAGAAAAUAGAACACUUCAUACAAGACAUGGGUCUUUAACCAAUCAAAGAUUUUUUUUAAAAGAAAAAACAAAACACAAAAAGAGGAAGAAUUCUGUGUGAAUUCUGGGAGCCAGCUGUCUUAUGUACUUUAUCCAGUAGGUUUAUUGCCUUACGAAGCCAUGUACGAAAAUAACCAGACUGCUAAACUAGACUUUUUUUUUAAAUAUGUACAUUAGCUUUUGAGGGGAAGGAUUUCAACGUUAUCAGCAUGCUCCAUAUCAACCCCACAGCCACCUCUGAACCGACAGCUCUGGUGUUCAAAGAUAAGGGAGAAUAUUAUUGGAGGAGCUUUUCCCAGAUGCCGAGCCAAAAUCAGCUAUUUUGCAGCAACCAGCUCAAGGAGAAAAAGCCUCAAGAGAAAGGAAUCUCUGUGCCCUGCCCUCUCCUGAAGGAGAGGGAGGAGCUCAGUACUUAGGUGGUAAAAAAAGAAAGAGAUAAUCGAUCAUAGGUGAAAUGGAAAUUGUUUUAAUUGCCUCUUACUGGCAAUGCUGGGGCUGACUUGCAAUCCUGUCCAACGGGUCACCCUGGCUGUUAUGAUAAGAGGUGCAACCUUCAGUAUUACCCACAUCCUGCGAUUGUUUGUUUGUUGUUUUCCCUUUGGGUGUUUUAUUGUUAUUUUUUUCCGCAAUACUUUUCUCGAAUCUCAAAUUUGGGGUGAUAGAUCCAGCCUAUUAAAGCGACUUCAGAGGAAUUCAUCUUCAGUUCACAGAGUGGGGUCUUAAAGGGGGAAGGGGGCCAUGAUUCCCAUCUAGCUAAAGUAUUAGCCAUGCCCCACAGUUGUGAGAUCAAGGUCUAACCAGUGCAAGAGUCUGGCUUUUCACGUGCAGGAUGCACACAGCCAGCUAACAGAGGGAUGCUCAUGUGACGGGAUGCUCAGCUGUUUCAGCGACCAGUCUGGCUGAGAAAAGUUUGUAAGGCCAGAAGUUUGAUGGUGAAAAGACUGCAUGUUAAGAGUAAUCAACCACCUGUUUCGCUGCUCUCUCUGGUGUUUCCCAGGCUGUCUUCAGGGGUACUUGCCCAUAUGUUCUUUCUUCAUAACUGACGGUAUUGCUUACCUGACCAACCUUAUUCCAUAAUUACCUAACCAGGAGAUUACAUUUGCCACACCGUGCAAUGGGAAGGAGGAGGACUGAAAUACAGUUUCUGUGCUAGGCACCCAGUUCCUUGUCCUCUCCAGUUUUGCUGAGAAUGAACCAAUGAGGCUAGUUGAGGAAUCUUGUUAUGCCCCUCUGCCAUGCACACAUGCCCUCCUGCAAUAACUGUACGGAACUGAUCCAUGAUGGGCCUGCAGAUUUCAGUGCUGGGAUCUCUCCGGGGGGAGUAACAGCACCAUAUCAGCAUUAGCAGCAAUUCCUUCCUCUUGCCUGCUAAAUUCUUCACAAAACUUACUAGACAAAAUUCUGUUAAAACUUUACAAGAACGUAAGGGGUUUCGGAAUAGCUACUACCAACAGUAUAAGGGUAUUCGAAUCCCAACUACAUGCUGUAAAGGGACUCUGGCAUCCCAGCUACCAGCAUCAUUGAGCCUACUGCGUCUCAGAAGGCUACGUAUCUUCAUAAAAUGCCUCUGAGAGGCACUAGCACUGCAAGGAUCCCAUGAGACUAGAAAGUCAUUAUCUAUGGUGAGCAAAUAGUACACUUGAUUUAUAAGAUGGCAGAGUAUACCACGUACUAUCCUCUCAAUGCAUAAAGGUUUAUGCAGGUCAAUACCUCAAGUAUUCAGAUCAGAAGACACAUCUGGUUUAAGGGCAGAUGUUCAAAGGCACAAUGAGAAUUAGAAGCCCAACAGACCUUGGUGCCUUUGAACAUCUCCCCCUUAAAAUCUAAGCCUGACCCUGCCACUAUUGGUGUAUCCAGAUCUGCCACUGAAGUUAAGGGGAGUUUUUAGUGUGGAUUUGAAGUGAAGUAAACUUCCACAAAUAUAUGGGCCAGAGCCUGAGCUUGUGUAAACUGGCAUAGCUCCAUGGACUCCAAAGGUCAUCUUCUAAUUUUCAGUAGCUGAGGCCCAAUCCAGCCCAUUGGAUCUGUACCCACAGCUCUUGUUCAGACAAAGGAAUUUUGUCCAUGAGUAAGGACUGAAGGGUUUGGCUCCUGUCUUUAAGGGCAGCAUAUUUUGUACAGACUGGGGAAGUGAAAUGAAUAUCCAGCAUCUAGGCCCCAAUUCUGAGUAUCCACACUUCCCUUGGACUCUCAGGAUCAAACCACUGCUAAAGAACAUUUCACAGAAUGAUUGUGAAAAUUUAGGGGAAGGCUUUAAGACUCCAGGUUAUUUCCUUCUGGAUUUGUAGCAAAAAUGAUUUUCUCCUGAAGAUUGCUAGCUGGAUCUCCCCUCCCCAUCCUCCCACCCCAUCCUAGCUGGUUCAUAAACUAUGCAGAUAGGGUCCAGAGACUAGGGUCUACAUUCUGUCUGGCCUUCACAGGAUUGUGCAGUGAGGAUGGAAGGGGGCUGGUAAGGAGAGGAGGGACCAAAUAACCCCUGCCCUUCCUUACACAGUCUGUGUAAGGUUUGGCCAGAAUUGCAACCCUUGAGCUAGAGGGAACACAAGAGCUGCUACUGCUAUCGUUCCUCCAGGGCCCAGAUGUGCUAUUCUCCCAAAAGGGGGCAAGAAGGGAUGGAAAGUAGUACAGCUGGCAGGCCAACUGGGGAGUAUGCUGCAGCCCUUAAAUUGAUCUACAAAGCGCAAUUAGGGGGCUCCAGGAGAUAUUCUGUUUCCAGUGCUCCCCAUGGGGUGAUGUGGGCUGUGGCUAAACACCACAGUCACCCUCAGUGUCAUAAAGGGGGCGGGGAUGGCUUGCACUAACUAAUCAUUUUUAAAGCUAUUGUGUGUCCUGGGUCUUAUUGUGCAUUUAAAAACACAGUGGAGACAAAGGCAUUUAGAAUUACCAUGAGGUAAACAUGAGAGGUCAGCCCCUGAAAGGGGUACAGGACUAUUCACCAUACGGUAAAACUAAAGUGUUUUUACAUUGGAAUAGCUCAUGCCUGCCAGUUAUCCCAUGGUAAUAAAUUUACCUUUUCUAGCAGUGAAAACAAGGCCAUAGCCUCACCAGGAUCCCUGCUCAUCGCUGCCUCUGUUUAAUUAUGCAGCUUGAAUUUCUGCACCAUAAUCUAUUUAGCAAUGAAUUACCUUCUGGUUCCCCCUAGUGGAUUGUUACAGUGUUUAUGAAUGACAGCUGUUGUCUAAAUAUAAAUUAUUAUAUCUAUAUUUUUGUACAUUUUAUGUUUAAAAAUCUGAACCUAUUUUAUUGACGUGUUUCUUUUGCUUUUGUUUUGCAAAUUAUUUUGUGUUAAUAAUGCCUCACUUUUGUUAUCUUGUAUCACAGUUUUGCUGGGGCUUCAUCCUUUGUCCCAGUGGAGCUGGGGCAAAGGGAAAUUUAGGAAUAAAACCUUGCUUGAAAGCUUAGCUAUUUGGAGCUGGAUCAGUCCUGAUGCUCGAUCAACCACCUGGCCAGGUGGAAAUACCACAGAAUUAUUUAUAGCCACGGUAACAACAGCAAUACUUAACUCAAACAUGGCAUUGUGUAGCUUCAAAGCACUGCACAAAUGUGAACUAACAAUCCUUGCACCAGUGCUGCUGGAGUACAUAAAUAUUAAUCCUACUUUACAGAUGGACACUGGGGCAGAGGGGUUAAAUGACCAGCCAAGAGAGUCAAUGGUGAGCUGAGAUUAGAAUUCAAGAGUUCUAGGUUCCCAUGUCUCAAGAGGCCGAUGCUGAAGGUUCUCAGCACCUUGCAGGAUUGGCCUGUGAGUUAUUUCCAUUGCAUUUAAACUGGCUGUUGUACCUCCAGGGAAGAGGAAAGUGGCCUAUUUUCCAAGGGCACCAAGAGGGCUGAGAUGUCUGCAUCCCCCUGGCUAGUUUAGAGUAGCUAAACUAAAGCAUGUGACAGUAGGUAUCUGUAUAGAAUGUGAAUGUGUUUUCAUUGACUACAUUUUAGGCUGAGGGGUGAACAGCGUUAAGCUUGUUACUCCAAGAGAGUUAAACUGAGGUUCAGCAUCUUUGUCCGGUUCUAAUGGAGACUUAUUUAAAUGGCACUUGUAUCUAGUCAUGGUCCCAAACAAGUGCUUGCAAACCCCACUGUCUGUACCUGCAGCUGUGCCAAUUUUAGUGAAUUUUAUGGCCUUAGGAAAAUAAGGGACUUGAUACUCCUGGUCAGAGACAAAGUAUCUGAGUGUGACAGGGUCUAGAGAAUGAAAAUUUAUAGCUUGGAGAUACCAAUGGAUUUUAAACAGUAGCAACUCCUAGCAUUUUCCGUGGGGGUUAAUGCAUUUUUCCAUACAUUUUUGUUAAACUGUAUCAGGCACAUUUUAUGCAACACGUGACAAAUUAUUUGAACUGGAUUUCAAAUGUUACAGACUUACCAGUUUUCGUGAAUGUGGCUCUAGAUUCUAAAUAGAGGGAAUACAUUCUAAUAUCUAAAAUACAGUGCGUAAAAUUUACAAAUGCAGCUAAGUCCCCCUGAAAAUCAAUUGUCCUCAGUUUUAAUUCAUUAAGGUCCGCACAGUGCUUUGAAAAUGUAAAGCGCUAUAUUAAUUAUUAAGUAUUAUUCUUCAGCAUGAUUUUUAAACAAUUUUGUAAUAUCUUAAGUAUAUGUAAGACUGUAUUGUACACACAAAUAGAAAUUUGUGAUCCAGUGUCCAGAGCAGAGGACUUGGAACAAGGAACUCCCAAGGUCUAAUCCUUGUUCCAACACUGCAUCCAUUUGUAGCGCUGAGCAAGUCACUUCACCUCUCUGUGCGUCAGUUGUGGGAGAAUUUAAAAACUUACCUACAGCACAGGUGAUUCAUUAGUGUACAUUUGCAAAGUAUUUUGCAGAUUGAAAACACAAUACAUUAUGACUGCUACAUCUUAUCUAUGGAUUUUUAAAUCAAUGAGUAUUUUCUCCCCCGCAGUUUCUUUCCGUUGGUUUGUGGGGUUUUGUUCCCUCUUGAUCUCAAGAAGGGAAGCGGCAGAGAGGGAGAGGAAGCAGAUGGUUUAAAGAGUGACAGAGCAGCAAGAUGUCCCUGAAAUAUUGUGGAUGAAGAUAGAAGCAGGGGGGGGGGGGAGAAAAAUGGCCUUUUUGCAUUCAGCUAGGGCAAGGGCCAACUUCCGGCUCAGAGAGUUAGCUAGCACAUAGUAGAAGCCUACUGUGGAUAACGCCGUUCUAGUUUUAGUAAACCUGUUGCCAUGUGUUAAAACUACAACGAGUUUUAACCACAUAUUAGUUAUUAGCAGUUAGCUAACACCUGGUGGUAAACCCACACCAUUUUUUCCUAGUGAAGACAAGGCCAAAGCAGCACCGGUGGAUAUUCAAACAGGGUCUAACUAUGUGAAACUGCGCAACAGGCUCAGCCAGAGCCCUUAAAAGGGAGGAAAGGAACAAAGGAGAGUGUGUGAAAUUGGACAGGGCUGCCUCAGGCUGUCAGGGGUGGGGUUCAAGGAAGAGAUGUUCAAAGCCAGGAGAGAAAAACAACUUGGCUUCAAAGUAGUUUAAAUGAAUGUGUUGACUUUACACCCUGGCAUUAAGCUGCAAACCAAUUUCCUGCCUCAUUAGGAAUCCCUUGCAUUUAAUUGGCAUGGAUGUGUGAUUUAGGGAUUAAUGCACGGGAUGAGGCGUCAGGAUUCCUGGGUUCUGUUACAGCACUGCCACCAGCUCUAUGAGAAAAGUCACUUUGUUGAGUCUGUUUUACUCAUCUACAGUAAUACCUACCUCACAGGGGAGUUGUGAGCUUCAGUAACAGGUGUGAAGUUCUCGGAUAUCCUCAAGUGACACAGGUUACACAGCAGCGACUUGGUGAUAUUUUAAAUUAGGUAACAUGAUAUAAUCUUCCAACUGAUACUAUACGAUUUUCAACACCAAGCGUUAGGCUCCCAAUUAUGUCCUCUGGCCAAAAUUCUGCACACCAGUACAUGAGUGUAAAUCUGGAGUACUUCAGUGGAACUACUUCAGAUUUACAGCAAUGUAACAGAGAAGAACGGGUCCCUCUGUGCUUUUGUGUUGGAUGGGAGACGGUUUUGUACUUUGGCCAGGGAAUCGUUCGGAUGGUACUCGAAUCACACUCCACUAAUUAUUUUAAGAUCCCAUCUGCACAUAACUUGCAAGGCUCCCCCUGCCUGUAUUAACCCUCUGCUGUGAAUAUUUUAAUCCGACUUCACUAUACAGGAACAGGGGCACUUUUCUUCUCCAUUUUGUUGUACACUAUUUUUUUAAGAAAAAUGAAAAGGUAACAUUGUAAACCUACUGUAUUUACUGUAAUUAAAGUUAUUUAUUGGCUACAGUAGCACGCAGUUCGUAAAUAAAGAUCUUCAGAGGCUUUAGACAC